GCUCUAUGAGAGCGGCCGCAUCCCCUUCACCAUCUCACUGGACGACGGCCACUCCUUCCCUCACACGGGCACCUGGCUGGCCGUGCACCCCAACAAAGUGUCGAUGAUAGAGAAGAGCGAGUUGGUGAAUGAGAUGCUUUGGCAAUACCACGGCACCGCCGACACCUCAGGCAACCUCAGCCUGACCUGGCACGUCGAGGCGCUGCUCACGCAGACCGUCACCAUUGAGCUGUGGGGCUACGAGGAGACAGGAAUGCCCUACUCACAGGAGUGGACUGCAAAGUGGUCGCACCUGUACCCCCUGGCCACACACAUCCCCAACUCCGGCUCUUUCACCUUCACCCCAAAACCUGCUCCUCCCAGCUACCAGAGAUGGCGAGUGGGUGCACUUCGGAUCAUCGACAGCAAAAAUUACGCAGGGCAGAAGGACGUGCAGGCACGCUGGACAAAUGACCAUGCGCUGGCUUGGCACCUGAGCGAUGACUUCCUAGAGGACCUUGUGGCCUAGGCACAUACUCAGUGCCAGGCCUGGGAAGAGCUGGAGGAGCAGCUGCCCAGCUUCCUGGAGGAGCUGCCGGAUUGCCCCUGCACCCUGACCCAGGCCCAGGCUGACUCCGGCCACUUCUUCACGGACUGCGGCUGUGACAUGGAGCAGGGCAGCGUGUGCCCCUACCACCCUGGGGCCAUGCACUGUGUGCGCUCUGUGCAGGCCAGCCCCCUUUACAGCUGGGGUCAGCAGUGCUGCUACACAGCAGACGGGAUACAGCUCUUGACGGCUGACUCCAGCAGCAGCAGCACUCCCAACAUUGGCCAUGACUGGGGCGCACCCCUGUUCCGCACGCCACCCCGAGUGCCCAGCAUGUCCCACUGGCUCUACGAUGUUCUCAGCUUCUAUUACUGCUGCCUCUGGGCACCCGGCUGCCCCCGCUACAUGCAAUGGCAGCCCUCCAAUGACUGCUGCAACUACCGGCCCCCGCGACUGGCCUCCGCCUUUGGAGACCUACAUUUUGUGACCUUCGAUGGCACCAACUUCACAUUCAAUGGGCGCGGAGAGUACGUGCUGCUGGAGGCAGCGCUGACCGACCUGAGGGUGCAGGUGCGGGCCCAGCCCGGGACGAUGUCCAACGGCACGGAGACCCACGGCACUGGGCUGACCACAGUGGCCAUCCAGGAGGGCAACUCAGACGUGGUGGAGGUCAGGCUGGCCAACAGGACCAGAGGUCUGGAGGUGCUGCUGAACCAGGAGGUGCUGAGCUUCACCGAGCAGAGCUGGAUGGACCCGAAGGGAAUGUUCCUGUCGGUGGCUGCCGGGGACAGGGUCUCCAUCAUGCUGGCAUCAGGGGCCGGCCUGGAGGUCAGCGUGCAGGGCCCGUUCCUGAGUGUGUCCGUCCUGCUGCCUGAGAAGUUCCUCACCCACACCCACGGCCUCCUCGGGACACUGAACAACGACCCCACCGACGACUUCACCCUGCGCAGCGGGCGCGUCCUGCCCCCGGGCACCAGUCCCGGGGAGCUGUUCCAGUUUGGGGCCGACUGGGCCGUGCACAACGCGUCCUCCCUGUUCACCUACGACUCCUGGUUCCUGGUCCACAACUUCCUGCACCAACCCAAGCACGACCCCACCUUCGAGCCCCUCUUCCCUGGUGAGACCACAAUCAACCCCAGCCUGGCACAAGAGGCAGCCAAACUACGUGGGGACGAUCAUUUCUGCAACUUCGAUGUGGCAGCCACUGGGAGCCUGAGCACGGGCAAUGCCACUCGGGUGGCCCACCAGCUCCACCAGCAUCACAUGCGGAUCCUGCAGCCAGUGGUGUCCUGUGGCUGGCUGGCCCCACCUCCCAACGGACAAAAGGAGGGCAACAGGUACCUGGCGGGUUCCACCAUCUACUUCCACUGUGACAACGGCUACAGCCUGGCCGGGGCAGAGACCAGCACCUGCCAGGCUGAGGGCACCUGGUCCUCACCCAUCCCGAAGUGCCAACCAGGACGCAGCUAUGCGGUGCUGUUGGGCAUCAUCUUUGGGGGCCUCCCGGUGGUGGCGGUGGUUGCGCUCGUCUAUGUGCUGCUGCGCCGCAGGAAGGGCAACAUUGCUGUGUCUUCCAGGGCAGGAGAUGGUGGUUUCUGUCCCGGGGGCUGAGCCCUGCAGGAGGCUGGACUAGCACAGAGAGAUGCCGAGAUCCGUGAGCACGGGGCAGGGUCCACCUUGGGGUGGCAGAGCUGGGAGGGAGGCCUGCAGGGGCCUCAGGGGCCUGUGCUUGGGUCAUGUGC